CCUCCAUCAGACUACAAGAUGCUCAGUCAAAAAGUAUUUUGCCAAUAGUGUUAAUGGACUCGUACAGAUUGAGCUAGCUCUAUGAUCGUGGCUGUGUAUCAACUCUGAGAGGAGCAGAUAAAAUGCAAUGAUUGUUUCGAUCUCUGACUGUUUUUAUCAUUUAACCUUAUGAGUCUUGCAAAACAGAAUGAGUGAUUCGGUUGAUUCAUUUCGAAAUAUCUGACAACAUUUAGAACUUUCCAGUACACCCAGGAUGUAUAUUUAAUCGUAUAGAUGCCCAUUUCUAUUUUCUCCAUUUUCGAUAACUUUAGUAUUCUUUGAAGACAAAAAACAAAGUCUAUCCAACGGUAUCAAAUCCCUCAUUGAAAGUAGUGAGAUUUCAUGAUUUGAUGAUAUCUCCCUAUUGAAUAUCAAUCCUACUAUUACUGUACCAGCAACCCAUUUUCAAGCAUAGCAAGAAGCCUCAUACACACAAGAAAAUGGCAGUAACGAAGCGUCGAAGCAAUACUCAAUAUAACGAUCCAAAAUCAAUCUCUACUGGACUUCCAGGUGCGGAUUUGGAUCAGAGUAUGAUUCGAACGAACUGGGCAUUUCCAGAGCACCCUACCUCAACAUAUAGACCUACACAAUAUAUGUCUGGGAAAUUUCAUCGCGAUCAUGGUACUCGUCGUCCUUGUCGCCCUCCUCCAGAACAUCCUUGUAUAUAUGAUGCUAUAAAGUGGGAGUGCGCACAAUCGGACGCGCGUAAUAAACAUAAGGGAUUUUGCGUCAUUUUUCAUGCAAAGCCAUGCGCAAAUUUUACAGAAACACAAUCGAAUUUGUUUGAAUGUUGCCAGGGACAUAAGAUUAUGGUUGUUGAGGAGAGAAAAGGGUUUUGUUAUGGACCGCAUUGUCCGGGUUUUGAGGAGUUGGACGGGAAGGGUAGACCAGUUCCGAAUUCGCCCUACCGAUUCAACACGUGGUUUUAUUAUGGGAUUUUGCCGGAAAAGUUGUUUCCGGAAAUAAUGGAGGAGGAAUGAAGGGAAUGGUUCCGGCAGGAUGAGAGGAGUAAAAGGGGGCGAGCAGUGAUCUUUGGCUAUGCGAGCCUAGGAUUCUGAUGGUAGGUUUAGAUAGUGUGGAAGUUAAGAUGUGGUAAUACUGGAGUAAUGGG